CGCCACGAUCCUAUAAAUUCUCCUAUCCGUCUAGGGCUCCGUCAACCACAUCAGACGCAUCCCACGCCGCAGCUCAAGCGCUUCGUCGUCCUGUCGCCCCAGCACCCGCCGCCGUCGCCAUGGGUAAGGUUCACGGAUCGUUGGCUCGCGCUGGUAAGGUGCGCGGGCAGACGCCCAAGGUCGCGAAGCAGGACAAGAAGAAGCAGCCCCGCGGCCGCGCCCACAAGCGCAUCCAGUACAACCGCCGCUUCGUCACCGCCGUCGUCGGCUUCGGCAAGAAGCGCGGCCCCAACUCCUCGGAGAAGUAGAUCUAGACCCCGCCCGGCCUCUUGAUCCCCUUUUUGUGCACUACUAGUUUUGUUCCUUUCCAGUAUGGAAGCUUUCCAGUACUGAUGAUGAUGCAUCUUAAGACAUGAUUAAUGAUCUGUAUCUCUCUGUGGGUGGUAAUGGAAUCCCUCAUGAAGUAAGCACCGUUUAGAUUACUAUUACUUGAUGUUCUGCUUAUGGUUGCA